UCAAGCUACAGUCUGUCUGUUUUCUGUUCUCAGGAAAGAGCAUGGCCCCAGCCAAUAAAACUCCAGCUACGAGUCGGUCUAGACGCUGUUCUUCUAGCUCAUAUCGCCUCGUCUAACGACGAUGUCCGUGUGCUUGAACGGUUCAAUUCCCGACUGAGAGAGAAACUGCAACCCUUCCUGAAACAAUCCAAUGGAGGCCAAAGCCAAGAAGGGGAAGGGGAUGUUCGGGCUGAAAGUGAAGAAGAGGAAGAAGACAGUCACCACAUCUGAUCUCGUCUUGGCCAAUAAAGCAGCUCUAGAUGGUACAGAGCCAGAGGGUAAUGCUGAGGUCACUGGUCUGUUAGAAGGACAGUACCCCGACGAUGGUCAGCCUGGCCCUUCGGGAACCAUACCUGUCAGACAGCUACCUCAGACCAAGAGGUCUAAACUAAGACCAAAGAUUCUGGACAGUGAGAAAAAGCCACAGAGUUUCCAGAUUGCCAUCAACAUCACCGAGGCCAAACAGCUGGUGGGGGAGAAUAUUGACCCUAGUGUAAUCAUGGAGAUCGGAGACGAGAAGAAACAGACCACUGUCAAAGAGGGCACCAACGCCCCUUUCAUCAAUGAGUACUUCGUGUUUGAUUAUUACGGCCAUCAAGAGAGCUUUUUUGACAAAGUCAUCACACUAUCAGUGAUGCAUACCAAGAUCAUGAAAGGCUUCUGUGUGGGCUCCUUCAAGAUGGAUGUGGGAACGGUCUAUAGACAACCUGGUCACCAGUUCACCAAUAAGUGGGCGGUGCUGACGGACCCGGCAGACAUCAGGACCGGGGUCAAAGGUUACCUGAAGUGCGACAUCAGCGUGAUGGGGAAGGGAGAUGCCAUACAGCCCUCUCAGAAGACCAGCGAUGCUGAGGAGCAGAUAGACAAGAACCUGUUGGUUCCCGAGGGGUUCCCCUCGGAGCGUCCCUGGGCCAGGUUCUAUGUGAAGGUGUACAGAGCGGAGGGUCUGCCUCGUAACAACUCCUCCAUCAUGGCUAACGUAACCAAGGCCUUCAUAGGGGACAACACAGCCCUCAUAGACCCAUACGUGGUGGUGUCCUUCUUCAAACAGAUGGGCAGAACGGCCACCCAGAAAAGUACAGCAGACCCUGAGUGGAACGAGCAGAUAAUAUUUACUGAGAUGUUCCCUCCUCUGUGUCAGCGGCUGAAGAUCCAGGUUUGGGACGAGGGCAGUAUGAACGACGUAGCCAUAGGAACACACUACAUCGACCUGCGGAGGAUCUCCAACAAACAGGACGGGGACAAAGGCUUCCUCCCUACGUUCGGACCGGCCUGGGUCAACAUCUACGGUUCGGCCCGUAACUUCUCUAUGGUGGACGACAACCCCGAACUGAACGAGGGGUCAGGAAGGGGUGUCGUGGAGGGCAGGGUGUACCUGGAACUAUCUGUAGAGAUACUGUCAGGGGGGGGGGGAGAGUCCAAGCUGUCCCGGUUAGUCAAACCUCUGAAGGACACCAAGGCAGGUAAAUCAACGGGAAAGGACCCUAAGGGGGCAGGAGGAGCAGGAGGAGGAGCAGGGGAGGAGGAGAAAGCCAAGGCCAUCGGGGCGGAGGUGAUGCCGGUGGAGGCUCCACCUCAGCUCAUUGACAAGGACAACUUUUUGCUGUUUGGAACGGUAUUCGAGGCCACGAUGAUCGACAGAAAGAUCGGAGACAAACCCAUUAACUUUGAGUUGUCUGUUGGUAACUUUGGGAACGUCCAGGAGGGCUCUCCCCAGGUCAGCGGUAGGAGAAAGGUGGAGAAGCCAGUAGCAGAGAGGGUAUGGGAUGGUCAAGAUCUCGACAGUACCCCCCUGAUUGACUCCCAGGACCCCAAACCUGGGCUCUGGCAGUCUCCAUGCCAGUCCACCACACCCCAGAGAAACCCUCACUGGCAUUACAUGUACCUGCCCGUCCAGCAUCAGAAGCCUUGUGUCCAUGUGAUGAGCUGCUGGGAGGAUCGGACGUACCGUCUUCACAGCUCUAACUUUCUGGAGAACAUCGCUGUCAUGUUUGAAGAAGGCGUGGCCAAGACAGAUGAACUGAACAAGUUGUCAGAUCCAGGAACAGAAGCUCUCAUGCGCCGAGUCUUUAAGGAGUUUAUCAUGGACGCCAGGAGAUUCAUAGCCUUUGCAGAAGGGAAAGUGAGAAUGAACCAUCUGACCGUGUUGGAUAAGAAACGCCUGACCAUGUGUAAACAGGAGCUGGAGAGUAUGGUCGGAAAGGCAGAAACCAUCUCAGAGGGGAAGAGGAAGGCUCGCAGUGUGAAGGAGAUGUUGCAAGAGGCUCUAAAACUCACACAGAAACUGAGAUUCCUAGUGGAAGAGCCCCAGCAUACCAUCCCAGAUGUGUUUGUGUGGAUGCUGAGUAACAACAAGCGUGUGGCUUAUGCCCGCAUCUCUGCCCGUGACCUGAUCUACUCUGCCAGCCCUGAGGAGAGAGGCAAAGACUGUGGCAAGAUCCAGACUUUAUUCUUGAAGCCCCCAGGGAAGCGUGUAGCAGGCUGGUCAGUUCAGGCCAAACUGGACAUGUACCUGUGGCUGGGCAGCAGCAGAGACUCCUCUCAUGUGCUGGAUAACCUGCCUGGAGGGUUUGAGCCCAAAGGGGGCGCCACUGAGAGCAGCUUCUACCUGCCAUCCUACCUGUACAUCUGGCAUGAGCACAAGUUCCAGAUGCGCGCCCACAUGUACCAGGCUCGAGGGCUGAUAGCAGCAGACUCUACAGGACUCUCAGACCCCUUCGCCAGGGUCACCUUCCUGACAUAUAGCCACACCACGGCCAUCAUCAACCAGACGUUAACCCCGACCUGGAACCAGAUGCUGUUGAUGACCCGGGUCACGCUGCAUGGAGACCUAGCUCACCUGGAGCAGGAGCCACCGUGCAUCGUCAUCGAGGUGUAUGAUGACGAUGCUCUGGGCAAGGCAGAGUACCUGGGCAGCACGGUGGCAGUGCCCGUGGUGAGGGUGUCAGAGCAGCCCUACUCUCCUCCCCAGCUCCAGUACAGUCCUCUGUUUUCUGGAUUCCAGUCUGGGGGAGAACUGCUGGGAGCCUUUGAGCUCAUACAGGUGUCACCACGUUCUGGGGACACUAAGGGAGCCAAGAAGGUGCAGCUCCUGUCUGUGGACCGUCCCCAGGUGUUUAUAGAGUGUGACCUGAGCUACAAGACCAACCCAAACUUCACCACGCUGGUGGACGCCUUCGACCUGGUAACUAACACGACCAACCCAAACCUCACCAUGCUGGUGGUAACUAAGACGACCAACUCAAACAACACCAUGCUGACCAACCCAAACUUCACCAUGCUGGUGGUAACUAACACGACCAACCCAAACCUCACCACGCUGGUGGUAACUAACAAGACCAACCCAAACCUCACCACGCUGGUGGACACUAACACGACCAACCCAAACCUCACCACGCUGGUGGUAACUAAGACGACCAACCCAAACUUCACCACGCUGGUGGACACUAACAAGACCAACCCAAACUUCACCAUGCUGGUGGUAACUAAGACGACCAACCAAAACCUCACCACGCUGGUGGUAACUAACACGACCAACCCAAACUUCACCACGCUGGUGGACGCCUUCGACCUGGAGCUGCCUGAGAAUGAGAACCUUCACCCUCCCCUGAACAUCAGUGUGGUGGACUGGCGAGCAUUCGGACGCUCCACCGUGGUGGGAAACUACACCAUCAACAACCUGAAGCCCUUCAAAUACACCCCUCCUCCAGCGCUGUCCGCGCCAACCUCACCACGGGGACCUGACAGCAGAGAGGAUUUAGGUAUGAUGCCCCAGUCUAAUGUAGACAAUGUAAUCCCUUUGUCAUCUGAGGAUGUCUCAAUCAACAUCUACCAGGAGAUCUCUCCUACACCCCCACCACCACCUCCACCCGAACCAGACAAGAAGGAAAAGGAAUGGAGGAAGAGCUCUCGGAAGUCUACUAAGAGAAGGAAGCGUACCGUAGCAGAUGAGUCUGGGGAUAACGUCCUCGACUGGUGGUCCAAGUACUACGCCUCGGUAGACAAGAGACAGCAGGCCAAGCAGAAGGAGGUACAUCCCUUUCCAUACAUCUAUGAUAAUGUAUUUCCAUUCCAAACCUUGCUCUCCGAUGGAGUAGACUCCUUGGUCACUGGACAGCAGGAUGGAGACAAGAAAAAGAAACCAAUAUUGAAUGUCUCUCAGGAAGGUGUGUCCAAACUGGCAACUCUACAGCUCUAUGACAAGGAGUUGGAGUCUGAGUUUGGUCCGUUUGAUGACUGGGUCAACACCUUCGAGCUGUUCAGAGGGAAAGCCAAUGACGAGGUGGGGCGUUCUAAUGAGGAGAGGUUCGUUGGGAAGUUCAAGGGUCGUUUCUGCUUGUACAAGCUAACUGAGGAGGAUGAUGAGUGGGAGGAGGGUCCAAACUCAGGCCAGUUUAAGAUCACCCGAGGGAUCCCGCCCAACACCUCCGUCAAGGUUCUCAUUAGGGUUUACAUCGUAUCGGCAUCCAACCUCCACCCAGCCGAUACUGACGGGAAGUCUGACCCCUACAUUGUUCUGAGGCUGGGGAAAACUGAGAUAAAAGACAGAGACAACUACAUCCCCAAGCAACUCAACCCAGUCUUUGGCAGGUCCUUUGAGAUCCAGGCUACGUUUCCUAAAGACUCCCUGCUGACUACUCUGAUCUAUGACCACGACACCAUCGGGACUGACGAUCUGAUCGGGGAGACGUGCAUAGAUCUGGAGAACCGCUUCUACAGCCGACACCGGGCCACCUGCGGCCUACCCACUGAGUACAGCAUUGACGGUUAUAACGCCUGGAGAGACUCCACCAAGCCAUCUGAGCUGUUGACUACGCUCUGUAAGGAGAACAGGCUAGAUGGACCCUACUUCAGACCCGGAAAAAUCACCAUCGGGGGCAAUGUCUUCGCUGGGAAAACACUGUUUAUGGAUGAAGAGCAGACGGUGGAAUCCUACGAACAUCUGGCUCUGAAGAUCCUUCACAGAUGGACUGAGAUUCCAGGGGUGGGGUGUAGACUUGUCCCAGAGCACAUCGAGACACGGACUCUGUACAACAAGGCCAGGCCUGGCAUGGACCAGGGCCAGCUCCAGAUGUGGGUGGACAUGUUCCCCAUGGAUAUGCCCCACCCACGACCCUCUGUGGACAUCUCCCCUCGUAAACCUAAAGGGUUUGAGUUGAGAAUCAUCAUCUGGAACACUGAAGAUGUGAUUCUGGAGGACACUAACAUCCUCACAGGAACACAGUCUAGUGACAUCUACGUCAAAGGGUGGCUUAAGGGCUUUGAGGACGAUCGCCAGGAGACUGAUGUUCACUACAACUCUCUGACUGGGGAGGGUAACUUCAACUGGCGCCUGGUGUUCCCCUUUAACUACCUGCCUGCCGAGAAGGUGGUGGUAGUCAGUAAGAGGGGCAGCAUCUUCUCCCUGGACAAGACAGAGCAGAAGCUACCGGCCAUGUUGGUGAUGCAGGUCUGGGACUUUGACAGGCUGUCGUCUGAUGAUUUCUUGGGUACAGUAGAGCUGGACUUACAUGGGUUUCCUCGCGGGGCCAAGUCAGCCAAGGCCUGCAAGAUGGACAUGCUGAUGGACAGCAUAGAGACGAUCUCCAUCUUCCAACAGAAGAGGUCCAGGGGCUGGUGGCCCUUUGUCAAGGCCGGGGAACUCACGGGGAAAGUAGAGGCGGAGUUCCACCUGGUGACAUCAGAGGAGGCAGAGAAGAAUCCGGUUGGUCGAGCCCGCAAGGAGCCUGAACCCCUGGAAAAACCCAACCGUCCAGACACGUCAUUCUCGUGGUUUGUGAACCCUUUUAAGUGCUUCUUCCACCUGAUCUGGAGGAACUAUAAGAAGUACAUCAUCAUCGCUCUGGUUCUGCUCAUCACAGCUCUGUUCAUCGCCCUGCUGCUCUACACCCUGCCAGCAGCCAUCUCACAGAAGAUAGUCAAUGGUUAACACACUGCACUACCACAGCUGACUGACUAGCUGGCUGACUGAAUAGCUGGCUGACUGAAUAGCUGGCUGACUGAAUAGCUGGCUGACUGAAUAAUUGGCUGACUGUCAGGUCUAGGCUGACUGACUGACUGGCUGACUGGCU